CUUUUUACGUGUGAGACGCGUGUGCCAGCCAAAGAGCUUCGCCACACAGCCAAUUGGUGUCUGUCGCGAAGGAAACAGACCGUGGCUGCCCCACGGACGCAACGGCAGCCCCCACCCCUGGAACAAAAUAAUUGCUCCCCAGAGGAUCCAGCCCCGCCGAAGGAUUCCACGCAGCCGCAAAGGAUGGCGGACGACGGCGUCUACAGUGCGGCGGAUCGCGAAGCGGCGCGCCGCGCGGAGCUCCUACGAAGGCAGCGCGAGGACGCUAGGCGGCGCGACGUGAAUUCCAGCGCCGAAAGCUCCACGCCAUCGACGCAUCAUCCAUCGAAAGCGAGAGCUCCACGCCAUCGACGCAUCCAUCGCAGGCCCAAUCCCGCGAGCGCACCUUCGUCGAUUCGAUCAUCGAGACGGUCACCGUGGCCUUCGCCGACUCGUCGGGGCGAACACCCCAAAUGGGCCGGCCGAUGACGUACGACGAGGUCAUGCGCCGCAGUGCGCCACAGCGCAGCGCAUGUGAGUUCGAUUCGUUAUCAGACGAGGCGGACGACUCGGACUCGGGCGACGAGCGCGCCGUCGAGCCGCGCCGCGUGUCGCCGCCGCCCUCCCCAAAAACCUACGACGAGGCGCUGCGCCCGCCGGCCGUGGCGCGCAUCGUCGACGACCACGAGGACGCGUCGACCUUCGCGUCGACCUUGUCCGACGACGCCUCGGAGACGACCGAGGAGGACCCGUACCACGUGGCGGCGCCGUCGCCGCGACGGAAGCCGUCGGCGCUCCCCGAGAACGGGGUCCUGCCCCCGGCUUUGUUGCCCUCUGUUUUGCGGGACGAGGGCGAGGCCGCGCGGCCGCGGGCGGCCGCACCGUCGUGACUUGGAAUAUAGUAUACCCUUUUUAUGUGCA